AUUUAAUUAUGAUGCGGCUAUAUUACUAAGCAUUCAGCAAAUUAAUUAAAGUUGAUCGUUUAGCUCUUACUCCACAUCAAUAUUGGAUUGCUGCUGGAAAAGGAAUGGAACGUCCUUAUACAGGAGAAUAUUGGUUUGUAAAUUUAAUAAACUAUUUCAUCAGAAUCAAGAAGUUGGUAUAUAUCACUGUAAACAUUGUGACAAUCAAUUAUUUUCAUUUGAUACUAAAUACAAAUCAACUACAGGAUAUGCAUAAUUCUGGAAUCAUAUUCCAAAUAGCGUCAAAUUAGAAGAAUCUGCCAUUAAAGUAAUCAUAAUUUAUUAAUUAAUAUUUUAGGAUGAAAGAGAUCUAUGUUGUGCUGGAUGUGAUAGUUUUGUAGGAAAAGUUUCAUUUGAUGGACCUCCUCCAACUUUUAUUAAGUAUAGUAUUAAUUCUGCUGCCUUAAAUUUCAAAAUGAAAUCCUUUUAAGAAGACCCUUAUUUUAGAAAAAUUGCAAGAAAAGAAUAAUAGGCUCAACGCUCAAAAAAAGUAGAACAUAAUUAUUUAGAAAGCAAUAAUAAUUUGUGA